AUGAGUGCUACUGAACCAACUAACGAAAAGGUUAACAAGAACCUUUCUGAUGAUGAAGAUGAAGAUAUCGAUCAAUUAGUUUUAGAUUUACAAUCUAACCCAGCUAACUUGGACGACGACGAAGAAGCCGAAGAAGAAGGUACCUUCAAGGCUGUCCCAGAUGAAUUAUUGCAAACCGACCCAAGAGUUGGUUUGACUGAUGAUGAAGUCCACAAGAGAAGAAAGAGAUACGGUUUGAAUCAAAUGGCUGAAGAACAAGAAAACUUGGUUUUGAAAUUCGUCAUGUUCUUUGUCGGUCCAAUUCAAUUCGUUAUGGAAGCCGCUGCCGUUUUAGCUGCCGGUUUGGAAGAUUGGGUCGAUUUUGGUGUUAUCUGUGCUUUAUUGAUGUUGAAUGCUUUUGUUGGUUUCAUCCAAGAAUACCAAGCUGGUUCUAUUGUCGAUGAAUUGAAGAAAACUUUGGCUAACUCUGCUUUGGUUGUUAGAAACGGUCAAUUGGUUGAAAUCCCAGCCAAUGAAGUUGUUCCAGGUGAUAUCUUGCAAUUGGAAGAUGGUACCGUUAUCCCAACCGAUGGUAGAAUUGUUUCUGAAGACUGUUUGUUGCAAGUUGAUCAAUCCGCUAUUACUGGUGAAUCUUUGGCUGUUGACAAGAGAUCUGGUGACUCUUGUUACUCCUCUUCUACCGUUAAAACUGGUGAAGCUUUCAUGAUUGUUACCGCUACUGGUGAUAACACUUUCGUUGGUAGAGCUGCUGCUUUAGUCAACAAAGCUUCUGCCGGUUCUGGUCAUUUCACUGAAGUCUUGAACGGUAUUGGUACUACUUUAUUGGUUUUCGUCAUUGUUACUUUGUUGGUUGUCUGGUGUGCUUGUUUCUACAGAACUGUUAGAAUCGUCCCAAUCUUGAGAUACACCUUGGCUAUCACCAUUAUUGGUGUUCCAGUUGGUUUGCCAGCUGUCGUUACUACCACUAUGGCUGUCGGUGCUGCUUACUUGGCUAAGAAACAAGCCAUUGUCCAAAAAUUGUCUGCCAUUGAAUCCUUGGCUGGUGUUGAAAUCUUGUGUUCUGAUAAAACCGGUACUUUGACCAAGAACAAGUUGUCCUUGCACGAACCAUACACUGUUGAAGGUGUUGAACCUGAUGACUUGAUGUUGACUGCUUGUUUGGCUGCCUCUAGAAAGAAGAAGGGUUUGGAUGCUAUCGAUAAAGCUUUCUUGAAAUCUUUGAUUAACUACCCAAGAGCUAAAGCUGCUUUGACUAAAUACAAGGUUAUUGAAUUCCAACCUUUCGAUCCUGUUUCCAAGAAAGUUACUGCUAUUGUCGAAUCCCCAGAAGGUGAAAGAAUUAUUUGUGUUAAAGGUGCUCCAUUAUUCGUCUUGAAGACUGUUGAAGAUGAUCACCCAAUCCCAGAAGAUAUCCACGAAAACUAUCAAAACACUGUCGCCGAAUUUGCUUCUAGAGGUUUCAGAUCUUUGGGUGUUGCCAGAAAGAGAGGUGAAGGUCACUGGGAAAUCUUGGGUAUUAUGCCAUGUAUGGAUCCUCCAAGAGAUGAUACUGCUGCCACUGUCAAUGAAGCUAGAAGAUUAGGUUUAAGAGUCAAGAUGUUAACUGGUGAUGCCGUUGGUAUUGCUAAAGAAACUUGUCGUCAAUUAGGUUUGGGUACUAACAUUUACGAUGCCGACAGAUUAGGUUUGUCCGGUGGUGGUGACAUGGCUGGUUCUGAAAUUGCUGAUUUCGUUGAAAAUGCCGAUGGUUUUGCUGAAGUUUUCCCACAACAUAAAUAUAACGCUGUUGAAAUCUUACAAUCUAGAGGUUACUUGGUUGCCAUGACUGGUGAUGGUGUUAACGAUGCCCCAUCUUUAAAGAAGGCUGAUACCGGUAUUGCCGUCGAAGGUGCUACUGAUGCCGCCCGUUCCGCUGCUGAUAUUGUUUUCUUGGCUCCAGGUUUAUCUGCUAUUAUUGAUGCUUUGAAGACUUCUAGACAAAUUUUCCACCGUAUGUACUCUUAUGUUGUUUACCGUAUUGCUUUGUCCUUGCACUUGGAAUUGUUCUUGGGUUUGUGGAUUGCUAUCUUGAACAGAUCUUUGGAUAUUAACUUGAUUGUCUUCAUUGCUAUUUUCGCUGAUGUUGCUACCUUGGCUAUUGCUUACGAUAAUGCUCCAUACGAUCCAAAACCAGUUAAAUGGAACUUGCCAAGAUUAUGGGGUAUGUCCAUUGUCUUGGGUGUUAUCUUGGCUAUCGGUACCUGGAUUACUUUGACUACCAUGUUGUUGCCAAAGGGUGGUAUUAUCCAAAACUUUGGUGGUCUUGACGGUAUUUUGUUCUUGCAAAUUUCUUUGACUGAAAAUUGGUUAAUUUUCGUUACCAGAGCUCAAGGUCCAUUCUGGUCCUCAAUUCCAUCUUGGCAAUUGUCUGGUGCUGUCUUGAUUGUCGAUGUCAUUGCUACUUGUUUCACUUUGUUCGGUUGGUGGUCUCAAAACUGGACUGACAUUGUUACUGUUGUCAGAACCUGGAUUUGGUCUUUCGGUGUCUUCUGUGUCAUGGGUGGUGCUUACUACUUGAUGUCUACUUCUGAAGCUUUCGACAACUUCUGUAACGGUAAGAAACCAGAACCAAAACACGACAGAAGAUCCUUGGAAGAUUUCCUUGUUUCUAUGCAAAGAGUCUCCACUCAACACGAAAAAUCAAGUUGA